UAGCGGUUAGGGUGGUUGGUGGAGGGGUUACAGCACCACAACAAGGCUGUUCAUACAAAGCUUUUGUUUGGGCAAAUCGGUCAACGUCUUGGCAUGGAAUUCAUUACAAAGUUUGUUUUGCCAGCGAGCAGACGUGUUUUCGUCCAGAUCACAACAAAAAGACUAGAUUCCACCAAAAUGUCCUCAGCCAUUUGUGUUGAUCGCAGUGUACAUUCGGCCAAUAUUGAAGAAGUCCACAAUGUACCAAUGAGAGUUAUUCAUCGACCAAUACCACCGGUCUUAGAUGAAGAUAAAGUGAAAUCUUUAAUGCAAACCUUAGAGAACGAUCGUGAGGCUGCCAACGUCCCACCCAUUGAUGUCUUGUGGAUUAAGGGUUCCAAGGGUGGUGAUUAUUAUUACAGUUUUGGUGGUUGUCAUCGUUAUGAGGCCCACAAACGUUUGAAUCGUGAAACAAUUAAAGCAAAAUUAGUCAACUCAACACUGGCCGAUUUGUAUACUUAUAUGGGUUCCAGCACACCCAAAAAUUUAGAAUAAAUCACAGCUGU